CAAAACUACGGACAUUCCGAAGCUCACCAUAUGGACCCAAACAUGCAUCAAGGAUAUCAUAACAAUCAGCAUGGAGGUCCUGAUGAUGGUGCAGCUGAUCAUACUGCGCCAGUUGGUGGCGAUCACGCCCAGAUGGGCGUUGGGCAUGACGUCACGACAGGCUACAACGGCCACGAAGCUUAUCAGAAUGACGUUCAUACAGACACAGGUCACCAUGAUGGUGUAGCGCAUGGCUGGGGUGAACAUGGCUCCGAAGGAUACGAUGCGAGCCAAGGUGGUUAUGAUGAGCAUCAUGGAUAUGAGAAUUACGCGGGAUACGAGGACGGCUAUCAAGGACCAGCAGGUGAAGCUACAAGAGGACGAGGCAUGGCACGGUGA